AUGAUCAGCUCUAUGAAAGAGGUCCAAGUCAGGAAUCGAACAGCAGUGACAGAAUUUAUCCUCUUAGGACUCUCGGACAAUUCAGAUUUACAAGUUGGCCUCUUUGGAUUGUUUCUGUUCAUCUACAUGGCAACCAUGGUGGGUAACUUGGGGAUGAUGAUAUUGAUUAAGAUGGAUCCCCAUCUUCACACUCCCAUGUACUUCUUUCUCAGCAGCCUCUCCUUUGUUGACGCCUCUUACUCUUCUUCUGUCACUCCUAAGAUGCUGGUGAACCUUGUGGCUGAGAAUAAAGCCAUUUCUUUCCAUGGAUGUGCUGCCCAGUUUUACUUCUUUGGCUCCUUCUUAGGGACUGAAUGCUUCCUGUUGGCCAUGAUGGCAUACGACCGCUACGCAGCCAUUUGGAACCCUCUGUUAUACCCGGUUCUCAUGUCAGGGAGAAUUUGCUUCUUUCUAGUAGCUACCUCGUUUUUAGCAGGCUUUGGGAAUGCAGCCAUACACACAGGAAUGACUUUCAGAUUGUCCUUUUGUGACUCUAAUAGGAUCAACCAUUUCUACUGUGACACCCCACCCCUGCUCAAACUCUCGUGCUCUGACACCUACAUCAAUGGCAUGGUGAUCAUGGCUUUCUCCAGUUUUAAUGUCAUCAGCUGUGUUAUGAUUGUCUUCAUUUCUUAUCUGUGUAUACUCAUUGCCAUCUUGAGAAUCCCUUCAUUAGAGGGAAGACACAAAGCAUUCUCCACCUGUGCUUCCCACCUCAUGGCUGUCACCAUAUUCUUUGGGACAAUUCUCUUUAUGUACUUGCGUCCUACAUCUAGCUACUCAAUGGAGCAGGACAAGAUUGUCUCUAUCUUUUAUACAGUUGUGAUCCCUAUGCUAAAUCCCCUCAUCUACAGUUUGAAAAAUAAGGAUGUGAAAGAGGCCCUAAAGAAGAUCUUACAAAAAUACAUACUGUAA